UCUCGAGUUCUUGCCUGGAGAGGCGCAUUUUUUAGGGCUUGCGCCUUGGGGCUCUCUCGGACGAUCGAGCAACCAUGGCGCGCAGUCGAUCGCCCGUGAUUCCCCGCGGCAGCCGGCAUUUCCCUGCAAUUGAGAUCAAUUGCCAGGUAUGGAUGCCGGAAUUCGCCGCCGUCGCCGCGAGUGAUUGAUCUCCUAGGAAAAUUUUGGUAGAAUUUCAGGGAUCCAGGCACUUCAGGGAUUUGCUCCAUUCUCGCGUCGCGAUGCCUGGCAUUCCCUACGCCUCUCCAGCGAUCGAGGCCGACGCGCUGCUGUUUGGAGGCAGGGACAGGGAUUAUUGGCAGCGAGGGCCCGAUCAUCUGGAUUCAUCACGCCGCAUUCCUCUGGUGGCGAUCAGAAAUUGCCAGCCGGAAAUUCAAGCUGCCCGAAGCAAAUCACGCUCCAAACUCGUGGCGGUUGCGGCGGCUCCAACGACGAUACAUGGCCCCGCCACUGUUCUUAUGAGCAGCAGCGACAGCGAGAAUGAUUUGGCGGCCAUGGUUCACGAUUUCAUGGAAAACGGGGGCGAUGGCUAUGAUAGCAGCGACAAAGAGUCCCCAACACCCACUGGGUUCGCAGUCUUCUUUGAAAAACUCAAGGCUUUUAUCUCGACCGCGUCACCCGUUGAAAAAGAGUUGCGCAGCGCGGUGAUCCGCAUCUUAUGUUCCAUGACCGAGGACCGGAUGGAUGGCUUAUGCCACCGCGGAAUUGAUUGCAAUGGCCGCUGCCUCCGCUCCUUUCUUGUGAAACGCCUGCGAAAAGCCGGGUACGACGCUGGAAUCUGCAAGUCGCGAUGGCAGAGCGUGGGACGAGUUCCUGGAGGCGAGUACGAGUACAUCGACGUCGAAACCUCCCCGCCAUCCGGCUCGGGUUCCUCCCCGGAGCGCCUCAUUGUGGACCUCGACUUCCAGUCGCACUUCGAGAUUGCCCGGCCGAUCCAGAGCUACAGGGCGGCCGUGAGGAUUCUCCCCGCGCCCCUGGUCGCCACCCCUCGGAGGCUGCGCCAGGUCUUACAGGUGAUGUCUGACGCCGCCAAGUUCUCGCUCAAGCAGAACGCGAUGCACCUGCCGCCAUGGAGGACCUUCGACUACGUCUCCGCCAAGUGGCUGUCGCCUUACGACAGAGAGAUAGGAUUGCUGGGGCCGGGAUCGGACAGGGCAGCGGCUGUUCGUGCCAGUGAUGGGUCCUCCAAGAACACCACCACAAACAACAACAGGGACAAUAACAGUGGUGUGGUGGCGGAUAGAAAGGGAUGCUACGAGCAGCUCAAGCGGACAAAAGCGUGUCUGGCGAUGGACAGAUGCGCCCCGGCCACGGCAGCUCGAGCUCAAUCCAGAGGCAGACACAACAGCGCUGCUGCCACCUCUCCAGAGUAUCAGCGACGAUCGAUCCUAUCUUAUAUCGAGUGAAUCGCUGUGGAGGUAUUGCUUUCUCUUCUCCUUUUCCCCUGAGAAGAGGAUUAUUUUGUGUUUUUUUUUUUUUGGUUCUUGGAGAGCGAGACAACGAUCGACCAACAACAAUCCUACUAGAAGAAGAGUUUCAACAACAUACGUAAAUACAUAUAUAAAGAAACAACGCGGUUUUUCCAAGAUUGUACACUCGCAGGUUUUUACUGUGGAUUUUCUGUGAGAAUUGCGAAAAGAAAAAUUUGAGGCAAA